UGACAGCCCCAUGGCCCCAGCAGGCCUCUGAGCCCCACCAUGGGCAGCUUGUACUCGGAGUACCUGAACCCCAACAAGGUCCAGGAACACUAUAAUUAUACCAAAGAGACGCUGGACACGCAGGAGACGACCUCCCGCCAGGUGGCCUCGGCCUUCAUCGUCAUCCUCUGUUGCGCCAUCGUGGUGGAAAACCUUCUGGUACUCAUUGCAGUGGCUCGAAACAGCAAGUUCCACUCGGCAAUGUACCUGUUUCUGGGUAACCUGGCUGCCUCCGAUCUGCUGGCAGGCGUGGCCUUCGUAGCCAAUACCUUGCUCUCUGGCUCUGUCACGCUGAGGCUGACGCCCGUGCAGUGGUUUGCCCGGGAGGGCUCUGCCUUCAUCACGCUGUCCGCCUCUGUCUUCAGCCUCCUGGCCAUCGCCAUCGAGCGCCACGUGGCCAUUGCCAAGGUCAAGCUGUACGGCAGCGACAAGAGCUGCCGCAUGCUCCUGCUCAUCGGGGCCUCGUGGCUCAUCUCUCUGGUCCUCGGUGGCCUGCCCAUCCUUGGCUGGAACUGCCUGGGCCACCUUGAGGCCUGCUCCACUGUCCUGCCUCUCUACGCGAAGCAUUAUGUGCUGUGCGUGGUGACCAUCUUCUCCAUCAUCCUGUUGGCCAUCGUGGCGCUGUACGUGCGCAUCUACUGCGUGGUCCGCUCAAGCCACGCUGACGUGGCUGGCCCGCAGACCCUGGCCCUGCUCAAGACGGUCACCAUCGUGCUAGGUGUCUUUAUCGUCUGCUGGCUGCCUGCCUUCAGCAUCCUCCUUCUGGACUAUGCCUGUCCCGUCCACUCCUGCCCGAUCCUCUACAAAGCCCACUACUUUUUCGCCUUCGCCACCCUGAAUUCGCUGCUCAACCCUGUCAUCUACACGUGGCGCAGCCGGGACCUGCGUCGGGAGGUGCUUCGGCCGCUGCAGUGCUGGCGGCCGGGGGUGGGGGUGCAAGGACGGAGGCGGGACGGGACCCCGGGCCACCACCUCCUGCCACUCCGCAGCUCCAGCUCCCUGGAGAGGGGCAUGCACAUGCCCACGUCGCCCACGUUUCUGGAGGGCAACACGGUGGUCUGAGGUGGGGGUGGACCAACAACCAGGCCAAGGCAGAGGGGUUCAUGGAGAGGCACUGGGUGACCCCAGACAGAGACGUGGGGCUGCCGAGCCAGAUGCCCCCGCCCCACAGACCUGGGUGAUGUUGCAAAUAUUUCACACCUGGAAAGGCCAGAUAAG